AUGACCGCUGUUGCAGACGACUUCGAUGAAGUCCAUCUACCAGUGGAUAUAACAAUAGAAUCAUAUGAUACACUUCUUCUACUUAUGGCAUCCAACGAACCAAACGUUUUAAUGCCAACUAUUUCAGCAUUACGCGAAAGAAUUUCAGACGAAUCAAUGGUAAAUGCGACAAUUCAACGAAUAGUAGAAUUAGCGUCAAAUUUCAAGAAUGAUCAAGUUUUAAUCGUUAUUUCAUGGUAUUUAGCAGCGCUUGCUAAUUCUGCUUGCAAAGAGAAAUGGGCGUUUGAGCUCCUUUCCAAAUCAGGCGCAGUACCUCAUAUAGUACAUUUCGCAUCACAAUUCGAUACUGCAUCAUUAUCUGAGCGUUGCUUUGAAGCUCUCGUUGCUCUUGCUGAAGAUCCAGUUACAUCUCGCGAAAUUAUUGCUAAUGGAGCACUUGAUGCCUUCAAGGAAGCUCUUAAACGCGAUGAUCCUACAAUUCAAUCACAAGUUUCACUUGCAUGCUUCAGAAUGAGCACAGAUUUCGAGAACCGCCGCGCUAUAUUAACCAGCGGACUCUUUGAUAGCCUCAUAGAUUUCUUGGCUACAGAGGAUCUCGAUGAAGAAGUUCUCAACAACGCUCUUCAGGCAACGGGCAACAUUCUUACAGAUCCAGAGUGCAUCGUUCACUUUGAAGAACGUGCAGGAUGGAAUUCUGUCUUUCCAUAUCUCGAAGAUGCCGACAAAAACGUACAGACAUAUGCAUAUACAAUCAUUUCACAAAUAUCCAACGUCCAAUCAUUCCAAUAUCAUUUUGACGAAGAGUUACUUAACAAAUUCUUAACCGCCUUAAAUGAUCUUGAAGAAUUCGAUCCAGUCAUCCCAUAUCUCCUCAUUAUCUUCAAGAACUGCUGCAAGAUCCCAAUUGUUUCACGCGCAUUAUCACAACAAGUACCUUUCUUCCUUGAUAGAAUUUUCUCCAUCCAAACAGAAGUUCCACAGAAAGAAAAGAUGUCUCUUAUCCUUGCAGAGCUUUCAAACGACGCAAAUACCCAUUCAGCCCUUCUCGAAACCGACCAAUUAAGUCGUAUCUGCAAAUUACUCGGAAAAGAGAUCAUCAACCCCGAAAAUGUCAAACUUCCAAACUCCAAGACCAUCAUGAAGAGUUCCCUUGUCAUUUUAGACCAUGUUUGCGAGAAUCGCAGUAUCCGUGCCAAAUUACACGAAUUUGGAGCCAUCGAACACCUUAUUUCCAUCUUGCACUUGACAGUUACCGGUGAAGAAUUCGCUCCAGAGCCAGAACCACAGCCAGAGAAAGCUCCAGAGCAAACAAACGUCAAAAUGUCCGCAGCAGAAAAAGCUGCCGCCGAGAAAGCAGCAGCAGAAAAAGCCGCAGCUGAAGCAGAGGCAGAAAGAUUGGCUGCAGAAGCCAAACCAGCACCCCCAGAGAUUGGUAAUGAGCGUGGUUGGAAUAUUGAGAUCCAGAUGAUCAUUCUUCCAAUGCUUUACAAGAUGAUUGGUGAUUCAAAGUUACAACAAAUGCUUAUUGAAAAAUGCAUCCCAGAUUUGGAAGUUUUGAUCACAUCCCAAUACCCAGAUAUCCUCAACACAUCAUUGCUCAUCCUUGCUACAUUAGCUGUUGACGAGACAGCACGUGCAAGCAUUGCAUCGAAGCCACAUUUCAUGCAAGUCUUGAUCACAUUGAUUUCGAACAAGAAAGUUGCAAUCAGAAGGAAUUCUCUUCACGCAAUCAAUUCUUUGGCGAUGAAGAGAGAAAUCGCAGUCCAAUUAUGCGGUUUCGGAUUGAUCGAGAAGCUGAAGAGAUUCGCAGCUUCUUCACAGAUGAUCAAUCUCAAUCUUUCACAGUUUGCAACAACAGCUUUGGAGACAUUAUGUUCUUCAAACAUUGUCGCGAAAUUCUGGGUGAAAGACGUUUUAGAUUUCGGAGAUAAGAUCAAAGAUGGUUUUUACUCAAUCGAUCCACGUUCUGAGACAUACCAAUCCCUUGAUGACUUACUUAAUGACGUCAUCCAUCUUAGAAUAGAAGCCCUUCUUUUGGAUCAAAACAGAGAUCCAGGAUUAAAGGACGCAAUUCAAGCUCUCGCAGACAGUUUCGCUGUCAAAGUAGAGCCAACAGAAACACCACAACCAAAGAAGAAAGGAGCAAAAAAGAAUGAACCUGUUGAACCACAAGUAACAGUUGUCAUUCCUGAAUGGCCACACAUCGCAAACAGUGUUGCACAGUUUGUUAUCCAAAAAAUGGGAGGAGCUUUCGAAGGUGGAAGAAUUCCUUACGAAGCAGAAGUCUCUAGAUGCAAGUAUAAGACACAUUCUGAUGUCGUUAUGCUUGGCCAAUUGCAGGUUGGUGCUAUUCGCCACAGAGCUUUGCUGUUCAAGUACUUGGCACAGCUUUACGGAAUGGAUGUCUCUAUCAAGAGAAACAGAGAAGAUUUGACAUGCGAAGUUCAAGUUAGAAAGGGUGGCGAUAUUUAUGGAGUAACACUUAGUGGAGAUACUGAUGUUUUGACACCAAUACAAGUCGCUCCACAAGCUGAAGCACCUCAACAACAACCAGCUGAUCAAAAACCACCUGAAACAAAAUAA